AUGGUAAUCGAGAGAGCAAACUCCUCAACUCAGAGUGGGAAACCACCGCCGUCAUUCCGGUCGGCGCUCCACACCGUCCGUAAACCUACCAAGAAGCCCAUCGCUCCGCCUCCACCAGCCCCACCAAGAAUCUACAAGGUGGCGCCAGUCGAGUUGAAGGAUGUGGUUCAGAAGCUGACAGGUUCGGUCGAGGUCCAGCCCACCCGGCUGCUGCGGGAGGUGGCGCCGCCCCCUCUCAGCCUCCACCCACCGCAUCAUUCAGAAAAUGAGGAGAAAAAGAGCCAGAAAUCAACGGACGGUUGUUUUGGGAUUCUAAGCCCGCUCGGGUUUAGCAUAUCGCUGUUCGGCUAUGCUUCUCAGUCCAGGAACACUUGCUUCCUUCGACCCUAG